UCAUAUCAAAAUACAAUAACUACAAUAGGAAUUGAAUUAAAUCCAUAUAUACUAUUUUCACAUUAUACGAAAUAUAUGAAGGACAAAGAAAAAUAAUACUUUGUGAUUACAAAACGUUUAACAACAUUGACUGUGCCAAAAAAAUAUAAAAAAAAACUUCCAACUAAGCGUCCAAACCAUACAUGAAAUAACAAACUAAAUAGUUAAUUAAUAAAAAAAUAAACAAAUUAUAAUGGGUAAUGCAAACGCAAGUAUGCACAGAGAACGUCACAAGUCAAUCGACUCUACACCGAAUUCACCCUUUCGUGAGUUAAACGCAAGAGACUCCAUCUCAUCAAAUAGCGGUGUACCACAAGGUGUAGUUACAGGGGGUGGUACCGGCAGUCAAGCUUUUGCUUUCGACAACAAAAUCGAUACACCACGUUCAGUGUUACAAGUUGGUUCUUCGCAAGAAGACGAUGAAAAUCAACCGUAUUAUACAAAACCAGUAGGUAACAGUGCGGCUGAUACUUUUAACGAAUACGCACCUACAACGCGCAAGCGUUCUAAUACUGUCUCAGAAGGUACAACAUCGAUAAGUAAUAUGUCCGCUAUAGAGGCAAAAGAAACCAAAGAUGAUGAAAAAGAAGAAAAUUUAAACGAUGAACAAGCGCUAAAAAAUCCAGCUUUGCCAACAGUUUUACGUUGGGAUGGUGGCGGAAAAAAUGUUAUGAUAUCAGGCACGUUCUCCAAGUGGAAACCAAUACCAAUGGUUCGAAGUCAUGGAAAUUUCGUUACUAUUAUUGAUUUACCGGAAGGUGACCAUCAAUAUAAAUUUUGUGUUGAUGGCGAGUGGAAGCAUGAUCCAAAAUUG